GUCCCACCUAACCGUUUCAUUUUCCUCUGAACAGCAACUUAACAGUCCCGACUUUGACGAAGCGGAACUCAGCUGCUGAUAAAUUAAUAAUUACAAAAUCAAAAUUAUCAACGAAGAAAAUCCCUGACAAAAACAACUGAAGCACAGUUGAAUUUAGAUCUACAAACGGAGUUUUUCAUCCACUUUUUGAGUUGAUCCAACGUUCAGGAGAGAGAAGAUGUCUUCAGAAAAUAAAAUGCAGAAAUGGGCUGAUAAACAUGGUGUCACUGUGACCUCGGACCCUGAGGCAAAGGAAGGGACGAUUGCCCUCACUGUCUAUAAGCAUGGGCAGAAGGUGGCGCGUCUGUAUGUGAAGAACACUGGGGCUGAAACUGUUUAUAUAACUCAAUACAAUAUUGUGGACCAAGACCACUGUUUCACGCUCAAAGAUGACCAUGGAAUCAAACAAAAGAAGAGAGUACUGCUUGGACCAGGGGGAUGUGAAAUCCAGGUCCAUUUCCGCGCCGGCCAGGCAGGCGUCUAUCAAGGCGAGCUGAAGUUUCAUUUCACAACUCUCAGCGAGACAUUUACCAUUGUCCGUAACUUGGAGGUCAAUUAUCAGACUUCAUUAGGUAAAGCGCUUGCCCCUAAAAGCCCAUACCGACGAUAUUCCACUGCUUUCAAGGCCACGCGCAAUGAAAUUGUGAGAGGGAAGCCUCCUGCACGUAAAUCAGGAACGCAACCAAAGACUGAGGUGCCUUUAGGGCAUUAUUUGUUGCCCUCUCAAGAGCUCCAAUACUUCCUCUGUGGCUGGAAUGGGCGCGUGCUGAGGGGGGUGUUGAACUGGAAGCGGUACUCUAAAUUUCAUCUCCUGCUGCAUGUGGAGGAGCUCCAGAUGAGGAAGGACAUCAAGAAAUACAACAUGGCUGAUGUGUCCAUGGUCAAAGACAAAAAUGGCAGCAAUCACCUCAUCCUGCAGGUCCCGGGAGUCUCUGAGAACCGUCCAUCUGUGCUGCCUGGGGACUCGGUGCUGGUGACACCUCAAGACCAGUCAGGAUAUCUAGCAGAUUCCACAUAUGAAGGAUACGUCCAUCAUGUGGACAGGGACCAUGUCUACCUGGACUUCAAAAACCUCCUGGUCCAUUUCACCGAGGACAUGAAAUUCAGUGUUGAGUUCAACAUCAAUCGCCUGACCUUGCGCAUCCAGCACAGAGCAGUAGACCUGGCGUCUGCCUGCAAACUGAAAAAAGUGCUCUUCCCUGACACAGCCAACUCUCCCAGUGAAAAACUGCAAGAACUCAGGUUAUUUAACGAACACCUGAAGGGAAACGAAGAGCAGUGUAAGGCUGUACAGCACAUUGUAGCUGGCUCCUCUAAACCUGCUCCUUACUUGGUGUUUGGCCCACCCGGCACAGGUAAAACAGUGACUGUGGUGGAGGCUGUCAAGCAGGUACAGAGGUCUCAGGCCAGUUGCCACAUCCUGGUCUGUGCUCCCACCAACGCUGCUGUUGACCUCCUCUGUGAGAGCAUUGCACGUUACAGUUCCAGGGAUGAGGUGUUUCGUUUUUACGCCCUCACCCACUCUGUGAAAGAUAUUCCCAAAAACCGACAGUUUCUCUGUAACAUGAAACAAGGCGAACUUGUGGUUCCCUAUAAAGAGGAGCUGAUGAAGUAUAAGAUCGUGGUCACUACCCUGAUAACUGCCUCCAGGCUGGUGACUUUAGGGAUUCCUGAAGGUCAUUACACUCAUAUCUUUGUGGAUGAGGCGGGCCAUGCAAAAGAAACAGAGUGUAUCAUCCCUUUGGCAGGUCUACUGGACCCGAAGACCGGUCAGGUAGUGCUGGUUGGAGACCCAAAACAAUUAGGCCCCAUCAUCAGCUCCUCCUUAGUGAAGAAGUAUGGCAUGGGGUCUCUGUUGGAUCGGCUAAUGAAGGACUUCGAGAUAUACAAGAAGAAUGAGCAUUUCAAGUACAACAACCACUUUAUUACCAAACUACGGAAAAACUACAGGUCCCAUCCUGACAUUCUGAAGAUUCCCAAUGAGCUCUUCUAUGAUGGAGAGCUUGAGCCUUGUGCUGACAAAGAGACAAUCAGCUUCGACUGGGAAGGCCUGCCCAACAAGCACUUCCCAGUGAUCUUCCAUGGAGUUGUGGGUUGUGAUGAACGUGAAGAAACCAGUCCCUCGUACUUCAACACAGCAGAAGUGGAUAUGUUGAUGAAAUACCUCAAAGACAUUCUUGACUAUCUGAAGAACAAACGUGGCGUGACUGCAAUUAAACCACAACAGAUCGGCAUCAUCGCCCCGUACAGGAAACAGGUGCAGAAAAUCCGCUAUGCCAUAGGGCUAGAGAAGAAAGACAUCAAGAUGGAGGGCUUAGAAAACAUAAAGGUUGGUUCAGUGGAGGAUUUCCAGGGCGAAGAAUCAGAAGUGAUUCUUGUGUCUACAGUGCGGAGCGAUGCCAAAUACAUCAAGGAGGACCAAAAAUUCAAUCUGGGCUUCGUUUAUAAUGAGAAGAGGUUCAACGUGGCCAUAACCCGAGCCCAAGCCCUGCUUAUUGUCGUGGGAAACCCAAGAUUCUUGAGAAGAGAUAAAGUCUGGAACAAGUUUAUUGAGUACUGUCGUGAAAAUGGAAGCUACUCUGGCAUUGGUGCACAGGACGACGAGGGAUUAAAGCUGGCAAUGACUAAGCUCACCAUAUCUGACAGUGAUUAACCGUAGACUGAUGACUGAGGCACAACCAUGAGGAUCAAACUGCAGCAUGCUCGUCUGUGGUGCUUAACGUCAAAAGGAAGGAUAAAGAGUUAAACUGGAAGAGAAAUAAUGUCAGGGAACUGAUUCACGCUCAAAUAACCAAAUGCACUGAUCGCUUUACUUGCAUAAAAGCCUGGACCAUCAUCUUAUAAAAUGAAAUGUAAUUUUACUGCCACUGGAAUGCUCCUCUAUGUAUUUCCACAGCUUAUCUGUGGUGUAGCCUAUUGCCUCUCAGCAUACAAGCAUUUACUUUGUUGUCUUUUCUGUUGGAGCGUGACAGUAUAUUUGAGUGGUUUAAUUGAACAUUAAAAAAAAGCCUCUAAUGGCUUUAUUUUUAUUAAUAUGGAGAGUAACAGCCUGCCUGGUCUAAAAGUCAGGUUAUAACUCCUGUCUACUUAAUCUACUUCUUUCUGUUUCCAUUUCUGUCAAACCCAGAAAAUAUAAGUUGGGGAGACAGGUUUGUUUUGGAAGUCAAAAUGUACUUUUUCCAGACAAAAUGUUGCAGAACCACAGACUAUAUUCUGUGUCUACAAUACAUCCAUGAGCAUAUCCUGUGCUCUGUCAUACAGCCACUUUUCUUUUAUGUGGCGUGAUGUAUGGUUUACGUUAUUAACAGUAUUAGUGUGUUAAGUUUAUUAUUAAGGGCACACCAAGGAUGUCUGGUCCAGUAUAUACAUAAACUUAUUUUUUAAAAUUUCCUUCAAUAAGUAGCAGUCAUUUCAUUCCUGCCGAUUACCUUCUGUUUUACUUAUUCAUUUGCUAUUAUAAUUUGUGAUUUUCAUGUGUUCUCCAUAUUUUCUUGAGUGGCUGAAGCAUGCUUU